AUGUCUUCGUCUCAAAUCGUUCUCGUCACUGGCGCCAACCAAGGACUUGGUUUUUCCAUCAUCAAGAUCGCCGGCCAGCGCGAGUCGCCCAACAACACCUACAUCCUCUGCUGCCGCAGCCUUGAAACAGGCCAGAAGGCAGUGCAAGAGCUCAAGGCUCAGGGCGGAAAAGCCAACGUCGAUCUUCUGCAGCUUGACGUGACUAACGAUGAGCAAAUUACUGCCGCUGUUAAAUAUGUCGAAUCCACCUACGGUCGACUUGAUGUCUUAAUCAACAACGCCGGAACUCUCAUAAUGCCCCCAAAAGAAGGCCUAUCAGCUAUCCGUCAAGCACACAAUGACCUCAUGAACCUCCACAUCAGCUCCGUUGCCGUCGUCACCAUCGCCUUCACCGACCUUUUGUACAAAUCGCCCGACCCCAAAGUCAUUAACAUCUCCUCCGGCCUCGGUAGUAUGAGCAAUUCUCUCACCACAAAAAUGGGCCGUCACCCACCCUACGGAGCAAGCAAGAUCGGCAUGAACGGGUUAACGGUCCACAUGCAAGUCGCUGAGAAUGAUCGGAUACACGCCGCAGGUGAGAGUGAAACCAAUCCUCGUAUUCGUUACUAUAAUGUUGCUCCGGGGCCACUCAAGACCGCUUUCAAUGGGUUUCGGGGGCCUAAAUUGCCUGAUGAUGGCGCAGAGGUGAUUGUGAGGCUGUUGGCGGACGAGGAGAAAACAUACCCAGGCGGGACUUUUUGGGAGUUUGAAGAGGGGGUCAUGAGACAGGUUCCGUGGUAG